UGUCCGCUCCCUCCGCGGGAGGGCCCUGCCGCCCCCAGACGCGUGGCCAGUGUCUCUCCCCCUUGACCCGCCACCCGCCAGACAGCAGGGCGAAGGCGGGGCCAGACAUCACCGGAAAUGGCGGUCCUCCUUGUUCUGCUGCUGGUCAUGAGCCUGGCGUGGGUGGAGACCAAUGUCACCGUGUCUGGAAGGCAAAGCGUACUGAGGUGUCACGUUUGCGAGGAGGAGAACAGUUUCGAUUGUGAAAGACCCACAGACUGCAAAGCGGACGUUCAGUAUUGUACUUCUGUUGCCGUGAGAACAUUUCCACGGUUCUUCUAUGUUUCCAAGCAGUGCGCAAAGUACUGUGGGAUAAUCAGUCCACCUCCACAGACGGCCAAGUCGUUCGUGCUCAUAAAGCCCACGCCCUUCCUGUUCAUGGCGUGCUGUAAGCAGAACCUGUGCAACAACCAGAAACCAAUCAUCAAAGAAAACACAGAAGAUAGAUACAAAGAGGGGGGCGGGGAGGAGGGCAGCAGCGGGCGGGGCAGCAGGGGCAGCAGGGCGGGGCUGGUGACUUUCCUGACACCGGCCUCUGGGCUCCUGGGCCUCAGGCUGCCGUGA